CUUUCUUCUGCACCUGUUUGAAUCUUAACCCAUCACGGCAAACAUGAGGGCCACGCUAGUAAUCCUCUUGGCAGUGUUCUGCGCCACUCAGGUUGUGGCACUGCCAUGCAUCGACCAACUGAUGGACGAAAUCGAGGAGGAGAAAAGCCUGAUCAGCGACAUCAUUGAGGCGCAAGAGGCGCUCAAAGAAUUCAAAUCCGCCCUGAACUCUUUCGGUCAUCAGGUGACGGCUUCCCUGUUGACGGUCACCAAAGAGACUGCGAUUACAAUCAAGGAACUAGUUGAAGAAUUGAAGAAACAAGGCCUCACUCCAGAAGAGUUGGCGACUGUUGAACAGCUCGUGAAGCAAGCGAAGGAGAAUAUAGCCCAAAUCGUGGGAGUCAACCUUGAAGAUUUAAGAAAAAUUAGGGGAGCCGUUAUAACUUUGGUGAACGAUCUCAUUUUUAAUCAUGGACACGUUGAAGAAGACGCAGAAGCAUUGAAAGCAGUUUGGCAGAUUUUCAAGGACGACGUUGUUAUUUCUGUGAAGAAAAUUCACGACGAAUUGCUGGUUGUGAAAGAGGGAUUUCAGCAGAUUAUCCACUCACAUGUGGAGGAGGUCGGAGUUCUUUUUGAUGAAGCGAUUGCCAAAAUCAAGAACACAAUUAAUGGAGAGAAAAUAAAAAUCGAUGAGGAGCUGGUCAAAGUGAAUGAAGCAGGGGCCGUCGCCUUCGAGGCCAUAAAGAAGGUCUUGUCUCACUUGGUGCCCCAACCCAGCACUACGCCUCUCACACCGAAUGCAUUAUUUCACUUUGAAAAAAUCAUCCUUUGAAGAUCGUGAGGC